AUGUUCCACGAAACAGCUUCCCUUGCCGGUUGGAGAGAACUCGAUUUCAGUUAUCCGUUACACUAUGGAAGAAAACCAUUCGAUCUCUCUGGUCCAGCACCUAUGCCUGAAGACCGUUCGUCCGACUCGGCCGCUCCUGGGUACCUAGAAACGAAAGCUUGGGAAAUCGUUACCGCCUUGGAAGUUGUACAACACCUUGACCAACGUAUGGAGAGUGCCAUCACCUGGGGUGUUCGACAUCCUGUCGAGCUCGUUUGGGUCCGUGAACUCACAUUCAUCAUAGAUACCUUUCUAAGUUCCAAUAUUGGAACUCUUCUCCGCCUCGUCAGUCCAAACCUGACUCAUUUACACAUCUUGGCACCUCUAAGAUCUCAAGACUUGACAGCGGUUUCCGCCAUUAUCUUAUCUUUGCGUCGAAUGGGGAGAUCCUUUCCUUGCAUGACCAACUUUGUGUACCAAGACUGCCACGUUGAUGACAACUUCUUUAGGAUGCCUCGGAUGGAAGCGGUAAUAGAUUUUCUAGCCAUGAUGCCUAAUUUGGUCCGGUUCGAAAUGAAUGGUCUCAAUUUUUCAUAUACCCAACACCAAGAUUGGACAACCUUAAGUGAGAGUGGUAGGAGAAAUCAGAGCCAAAUACUGCGUCCAGGUAGUUUACCUUAUCUUGAAAACUUGCGGAUCGGAUCCGAGUGGACCUGGUAUCAUAUGGGGACAUCAACCCCUAUGAUUCUUCUUGCCUCCCCUAAUUUACGUCAGCUCAGUAUUUCCCAUUCUCCUGCUAGCUACCGUUUGCGCUCCGAUCACUGGGGACUUUAUGGGACUGGCCAAGAGUCAGGUUAUCCCAUUUUGAAUGAUUUGAAGUGUCUUAUCCAACUUCAAAUGUGUGAGCUCUGUGCCUUGUUAUAUGAUCGGUACCUACAAGAAAAUCCGCCAUCUGAAACUCCACUACCUUCCUUGAAGCGAUUAAUUGUGGACGUUUAUACUGGAGAGAGAGAGAUUGCACCCUGGGCACCUGUCGUCCUCACGUCUCCUUGCAUCCCACGUCUACCCCAUCUGAAGACGGUCAUUCUCUCCAUGAACAACCUUCAACGGGCUGAGAUGCCUGAAGACCUCAUUACACCCCCUCGCUCCUAUCUCAAGACUCAGGAGGACGCCAACAUGUACCAAGCAUUACCCAAUUUGGACAGGAUUGUGUUCAUCGAUCCUGCUGAACCGGUCGAGGGAGGGAACGAAGAAGAACGACUCGAAAUACUGAUCAAAGUCGUCGAAGAAGCUCACCCUUCAACUUGGGCUGAAAGAAAUAUCCGAGGAAGCUAUAUCACGAAUAUUCGUCAUCCUCUACACACGCAUGAAUUGUAUCAUCUUCGAACUUUAACAUGGCCAGAUUUGUUGAAACCGGAACCGGUAUGGUCGGACGAGACGUACUACAUAGAUGGCCCGGUGCCAUUGGAGGUAUUACAAGAGAUGGCAAGAUUGGAAGAUGUGACGGGAUUCUGGGGUCGGGGGCUCCAAGUUGGAGAUAGAGCGUGGGAGCAUUUGAUGGAAUGGAAUAGGACUAUCAGAGCCGGGGGUUGGUCAUGGUUUGAAGGAGAUACGACGAUCUUUCAUUGA